GCGUCGCAGUGAUGAGCGCAGCUGCAGAUCUCUACCUGCAGAUGUUACCAUAGGUGCGUUACAGGACACGCGCAAUCUGCACCAAACUGCCAUUGGCUCUUCUUCGAAAAUAAAACUGAAGCCAAGUGAAUCAGUGGAUGUGAACGCACCAGUGACGGGAAAGGAAACGGAGUGAUGGUUUGACCAUUUGGUUUCAUGGAGCAGGGAAUUGCGCACCGCUGCGCCACUCUGGAUGGACUGAUCCCAUAACUGUCACUGGGCGUCUCUCCAGUCCCGCACACCUGAGACUUCUUCUUCGCACCGUGAGCGCUACACCACCGGUUGAUGCCGAGGAUCAUGACCAUGAACGGUGACCACCGGUCGGUUGCUACCGCGCCGCUGGAUCUGCGCACCACCAACAGAGAGCGCGGGGGCGCCGGGUCCCGGACUCCGGACUGCGGGCUGCAGAGGACGCGCCAGCAGGGACGCUCGCCCGCUCCACCCGCGUGCACGGGGACGAGCAGUUUGGAAACGCGCUGCUCCGCAAGCGGCAGGAGCGUAGAACCCGGAGCUGCUCGCAAACGACCAGCGGACAAUUCCUCCCUCAAACUUCCUUUUAGGAAACGACCGAUUCCCGUGGAGCCGGAGCCGGAGACCCAGUCCCCGGCUCCUGCAGCGAGCGGAGCGCUCGUCUCCGCUGUGGAGGACGCGGACUUGGUUUUUCGGGACAGUUUGACCGGUCGUUUGAAUGAAAACCGAGUCGGUGCAGCAGCAAGGGACGAACCGGGGCAGAGUGCAGAGGAUUACCCCAUGCCCUUUUUACAUCCGAUUCGUUACAGUCAUUGCCCAGUGUUCUAUGUACCCACAGUACUGGAGGCCGACCACCCUCUGGCUUACCAGACAGACAACCUGCUGGCUGGCAUCGCUCUGGCUACACAUCAAGAUGAGGAUGGAGACACAGCUCUGCAUAUAGCUGUGGUGCAGGGGGAGCUGGCCAUCGUCUGUACACUGAUCCAUCUGCUGUUGUUGGCUCGCAGAGGCCUCGAUAUCUACAACAACCUCCGUCAGACUCCUCUUCACCUGGCAGUGAUCACCCAGCAGCCAGAGAUAGUGGAUGUUUUGCUGAAGGCGGGAGCCGACCCCACGGCCUUGGACCGUAACGGCCAAACAGCACUCCACCUCUGCUGUGAAUACAACCAGCGUGAAUGUCUCUCUGUGGUGCUCUCUCGCUCCUCGUCCCCCAUGUGCUUGGAGAUCAGAAAUUAUGAGGGUUUGAGCCCCCUUCAUCUGGCUGUGCUGCAGGGCCACAAGGAUUUAGCCAGAAUGCUGCUGGACGCAGGAAGCGACAUCAAUGCAAUGGACAUAAAAAGUGGCCAGAGUCCUCUCAUGCACGCAGUUGAGAACAAUAACGCAGACAUGGUCCACUUCCUCAUUGAGAACGGCUGUGAUGUCAACAGCCAGUCAUACAGUGGGAACACGGCCCUGCACGGCGCCUGUGGCCGAGGCCAGGUGGACACGGUGCGGCUGCUGCUGAAGAGCGGCGCCGACAGCAGCCUCAAGAACUACCACAACGACACAGCGGUGAUGGUGGCCAGGAACAAGAAAAUUUCAGAUGUGUUACGAGGGAGAGGCUCCAAGCUCAUGAGAGAUCAGCACUGUGCGUCGGUGUCGCCACAUGGGAGCCACUUGUCGGAAAAUGGGUCCCCGUCUCCCAGCCAGAGUCGCGGGUGUUCGCCUACGAGUAGGCCACACACGCCUCAUCGCAGCACAUCCCACUCGCCAAAGACUCCAUCUCUGCCUGUAUUUCCAUUAUACUAGCUCAAAGUUAUGUCCCACAGCAACUUGCAACUACCUCUACGUAGCAAACCAAAUACGCAAUCAGACUUCAGUGCCCGAGAGGACAGAGCGGGGGAAAAGUGCAGCCAAAUGAGAAGACUGAUCAGCACGUGAAAUGUGACUUCCCCACAAACUGGCCCUCUUUUCCUGGACUUCAUGGCAAGAGACAAUCAUAACCCGAGGCUCUUCUUCGGCCUUGAUGGGUGGACAUCUCAUCCACCUGCUGUAGUGGACACUCUCCUACUGACAGUGAGAGAACUGCUCACCUACAGACUGCUGCAGAACUUUUAUUUGAAGUUUUAAGUCCUAUUGUUCGGCUCAACGAUGUUACUUGACAAAUAUUGCACAGUCAAUCCUUUCUUUCUGCCAUUUUUAAAAACCUAUGCCCGCUGUACUUUUUAUGUCUGUGUGCGUAUGUGCCUUUAGGUGUGUGUGUUGUUUUAUCACAAAGGUUGUAGAUAUUUUUUGAUAUAAAAUAUGUCCAUCACA